ACACACACACACACACCUGGGAGUUAUCGUCACUGUCCUGACACAACACGCAGCAGUGAAAGCGUUUGAACAUGUUCUUCCUUCUGGCGGUGGCGGUGGCGCUGGGCUUCCCCCGGACUGGUCUGGCUCACGACGAACGGUGUCUGGACUUCUUGAAGGACAGCAGCUGCCAGUCAGACGGUCCCAGGUUCUUCUACAACAGCACCAGCUCCAGCUGUGAGAGGCUCUUUGGGGGCUGUUGGUCCAACAGGACCACCUUCAGUACUCUGGAGGGCUGUGAGGCUCUCUGCUAUGGAAAUGCUACUACAAGCAGCCCACUGACUGAGGAUCCAGGCAACUCGGCCUUCAAUGUUCUGUUCGGGAUCAUCGUGCUGCUGGUGGUCUUUUUGGUCAUUGUCGCCUUUGUCGCCUUUGUCGUCCUCGUCGUGCAAUACUGCAGACAUGCAUCUUCCAACGGAUACCAGCCGUUGGGUUCUGAUCUGUGAGCGGUCGGAGUCGGCGUCUGUGGAGGGAGACGCCAUCAGAUGUGUUUGUUUCUGAAUCAGUUAAAUGAUAUUCUGUAUUUUGGGUAAAGAUCAGGAAAAUUCCUCAUUUUCUGUUGAUUUUGAUGUUUGUUUGUUGGGUUAGGGUGAUGCCGGAGACUUCAGAGGACGAAUCAUUUUCACACUUUACUGAAUUAUUCUCCGUGUUUAUACGUAGUCAUGGAUUUCUGUUUCUGGGUUCUCAAACCAAAUGCAAAGCAAACUUUUCGCGUGGCGAUAUUGCGUACAAAGUUGACGCAAAGAAAAAAAAUGUCAGCCUUUUGGAAUCUUUUUUUUUAAACAUUUUUGACAUAUCUUUCAAAGUUUUUCUUUUGUCAAUUUUUUAAAAAUGCUAUAGAAAUC